GGCAUGUGGACGACAGACUCACCGGAGACGCGCUGACCGGUCCGGGCUCUCAGUGGAGCGCAUGACCCGCCGUGAUGGCCGGGGGACGCAGAGGGCUAGUGGCUCCUCAGAACACUUUUCUGGAAAAUAUUGUCCGACGGUCUAACGACACGAACUUUGUGUUGGGGAAUGCUCAGAUCGUAGACUGGCCCAUCGUUUACAGCAAUGAUGGCUUCUGUAAGCUCUCCGGCUACCACCGCGCUGAAGUCAUGCAGAAAAGCAGCACUUGCAGCUUCAUGUACGGAGAGCUCACAGACAAGGACACAAGUGAAAAAGUUCGACUAACCUUCGAAAACUAUGAGAUGAACUCGUUUGAGAUCUUGAUGUACAAGAAAAACAGAACGCCGGUAUGGUUUUUUGUGAAAAUAGCCCCUAUACGAAACGAACAGGAGAAGGUCGUACUCUUCCUGUGUACGUUUAGUGACAUCACAGCAUUCAAGCAACCAAUAGAAGAUGACUCCUCUAAAGGCUGGGGGAAGUUUGCGCGUCUGACCAGGGCUUUGACCAGCAGUAGAGGGGUCCUUCAGCAACUGCAGCCCACCGUACAUAAAGGAGAGAAUGUACAUAAACACUCGCGCCUUGCAGAGGUUCUCCAGCUGGGCUCUGAUAUUCUGCCCCAGUACAAACAAGAGACACCCAAAACCCCUCCUCACAUUAUCCUGCACUACUGUGCCUUUAAGACCACCUGGGACUGGGUGAUCCUCAUUCUCACCUUCUACACCGCCAUCAUGGUGCCCUACAACGUCUCCUUCAAGACCAAACAGAACAACGUCACCUGGCUGGUGGUGGACAGUAUAGUGGAUGUGAUCUUUCUGGUGGACAUUGUGCUGAAUUUCCACACAACGUUUGUGGGCCCGGCCGGGGAAGUCAUUUCAGACCCCAAACUUAUUCGCAUGAAUUACUUGAAAACGUGGUUUGUGAUUGACCUGUUGUCCUGUCUGCCUUAUGACGUCAUCAACGCCUUUGAGAACGUGGAUGAGGGUAUCAGUAGUUUGUUUAGUUCUCUGAAAGUGGUUCGGCUCUUGCGUCUGGGCCGAGUGGCUCGCAAACUGGAUCACUACAUCGAGUAUGGAGCGGCGGUUUUGGUUCUGCUGGUUUGUGUGUUUGGGUUGGCGGCCCAUUGGCUGGCCUGCAUCUGGUACAGCAUUGGAGACUAUGAGGUCAUUGAUGAGGAUCGUAACACAGUGCGUACGGACAGCUGGCUUUAUAUGCUGGCUGAGAGCAUCGGGACACCCUACCGCUUCAAUGCCAGCGGGACGGGAAGAUGGGAAGGUGGACCCACUAAAGAUUCAGUCUACAUCACGUCUCUGUACUUCACCAUGACCAGCCUGACCAGUAUUGGCUUUGGGAACAUUGCUCCAACCACAGAUGGGGAGAAGAUCUUUGCUGUGGCCAUGAUGAUGAUCGGAUCUCUCCUCUACGCCACCAUCUUUGGUAACGUGACGACCAUCUUCCAGCAAAUGUACGCCAACACCAACCGCUAUCAUGAGAUGCUGAACAGCGUGCGGGAUUUCCUCAAACUCUACCAGGUUCCCAAAGGCCUAAGUGAGAGGGUUAUGGAUUACAUCGCCUCCACCUGGUCAAUGUCCCAUGGCAUCGAUACUGAAAAGGUUUUGCAGAUCUGUCCUAAAGACAUGCGCGCUGAUAUCUGCGUGCACCUGAACAGGAAGGUCUUCAAGGAACAUCCUGCUUUUCGAUUGGCCAGUGACGGGUGUUUGCGGGCUCUGGCCAUGGAGUUUCAGACCAUCCACUGCGCUCCGGGUGAUCUUAUCUACCAUGCGGGCGAAAGUGUGGACAGCCUCUGUUUUGUGGUGUCAGGAUCACUAGAGGUCAUUCAAGACGACGAGGUGGUCGCCAUUCUGGGUAAAGGUGAUGUGUUUGGUGAUGUGUUCUGGAAAGAAGUAACACUAGCUCAGGCGUGUGCUAACGUGAGAGCACUAACAUACUGUGACCUGCACGUCAUCAAGCGGGACGCGCUUCAGAAAGUCCUGGAGUUCUACACCGCCUUCUCAAACCACUUCUCCAGAAACCUCCUGCUUACGUACAACCUGCGCAAACGGGUGAUUUUUAAAAAGAUCAGUGAUGUGAAGCGUGAGGAAGAGGAGAGGCUGAGGAGUAAGAACGAGGCCCCUCUGAAUCUCCCCCAGAUCAAUCCCGCGCGUCUCUUCCAGCGUUUCCGUCAGCAGAAGGAGGCCCGCCUUGCUGCUGUACGGCCCAAUUCUGAAGACUCUGAUCUUGAGAAGGGUCAAAUCCACCAUGAAGUCAUCAGCCAAGAUGUGAUUGCCACCACAAGCAUCGUUACUGUAACAGAGAGUCCAGCUACACCCAUCCCAUCCCACUUCAUCAAAAACCGCACCCUAGGUCCAUUCGACCAGGCGAAGCUUAGUGCCCCUGCCCCAAAUGCCCCCCGCAUGUCUGAACCACGCGCACGAGGAUGGGCAAGGUUCAGGGAGAGCGUGGCAAAGCCUGAGAGCUGGGGAAAUGUUCCGAAAGCAGAAUCCAUGGAGACUCUGCCUGAGCGGAGUAGCUCCGCAAAGAUUUCAGAGCCCAGCGGACUCAAGAAGACACCCUGUGAUAGCGGCAUCACCAAAAGUGACCUACGGCUGGAUGAGGGUGGCAUCCGCACCCCUGUAGACCGCAGUCCAGUUCAGCUUGAUGGAAAAUCUCCCCCAAUCCCGCCCAUUCCCACCAUUCCCGAACACACACUGCAUGCCUCGCUCCUGGAGCUCCGUACUGAACUCAAAGAGGAACUGUCUGUGCUUGGGAACCGAAUGGUAGCGCUGGAGGCGCAGGUCGCUGAGGUGCUGAGGUUGUUAAGAAACAGAAAGUCUCCAACCUCACCCAUGUCGCUCUUCCAGAUCUCACGGCCAACAGCGCCAGACACGGACAAGGAGGACAUGUUCCCUUGA